AUGUCUCUCAACAUCCCCAACGCGCCCAACGCGGGCCUCUUCAAGAAGGGCUACAACAGCUACGACGCAGAAGAUGGCGCCGUGCUGCGGAAUAUCGACGCCUGCCGAGCCAUCACCUCCACCGUCCAGACGUCGCUGGGCCCCUACGGCCGCAACAAGGUCGUCAUCAACCACCUGCAGAAGAUGAUCCUCACCUCCGACGCCGCCACCAUCCUCCGCGAGCUCGACGUCGUCCAUCCCGCCGCCAAGCUGCUCGUCAUGGCCUCCCAGCAGCAGGAGGCUGAGAUGGGCGACGCCACAAACCUCGUCAUCGUCCUGGCCGGAGAGCUGCUGCGCAAGGCCGAGGACCUGCUGCGGAUGGGCCUCAAGACGUCCGACAUCGUCAUCGGCUACGAAAAGGCGCAGAAGAUUGCCCUGGAGACGCUCGAGGAGCUCGCCGUCGACAAGGUGGGCGAGAUCCAGAACCAGGCCGAGCUGAGCAAGGCCCUGCGGACCGUCAUCGCCAGCAAGCAGAACGGAAACGAGGACUUCCUGUCAAAGCUCGUGGCCGAGGCCGUGCUGGCCGUGCUGCCCAAGAACCCCGCCAACUUCAACGUCGACAACAUCCGAGUGGUCAAGAUCAUGGGCGGCAGCCUGGACCAGAGCAGGGUCGUCAAGGGCAUGGUCUUUCCCAAGGAGCCGGAUGGGUCGAUCAAGAAGGCCAGCCGCGCCAAGGUCGGCGUCUUCACCUGCCCCAUCGACACGAGCCAGACAGAGACCAAGGGCACCGUGCUGCUGCACAACGCAAAGGAGAUGAUGGACUUCACCAAGGGCGAGGAGGCACAGCUGGAGAAGGCAAUCAAGGAGCUCUACGACUCGGGCCUGCGCGUCGUCGUCUGCGGCGACCGCAUCGGCGACCUGGCCUCGCACUACCUCAACCGCUUCGGCAUCCUCUACAUCCGCAUCCUCAGCAAGUUUGAGCUGCGAAGAAUCUGCCGCGUCGUCGGCGCCACGCCCCUGGCUCGGCUGGGUGCCCCCAUGCCCGACGAGAUGGGCAGCAUCGACGUUGUUGAGACGCUUGAGAUUGGCGGCGACCGAGUCACCGUCUUCAGGCAAGAGGACGAAGUCACGCGCACCGCUACGCUGGUCCUUCGUGGUGCCACGCAGAACCACCUCGACGACAUUGAGCGAGCGGUCGACGACGGCGUCAACGUUGUCAAGGCCAUCACCAAGGACCCCAGGCUGGUGCCCGGCGCCGGUGCCGCGGAGAUUUCACUGAGCGCCAAGAUCCAGGCGCAGGGUGAGAAGACGCCUGGCCUGAGCCAGUACGCCAUCAAGAAGUACGGCGAGGCCUUUGAGGUCAUUCCCCGCACCCUGGCCGAGAGCUGCGGUCUGGAUGCCACCGAGGUUCUCAGCACGCUGUACGCUGCUCACCACAAGAGCGAGAGCGGCGAUGCCGGUGUCGACGUGGAGAACGAGGAGGGCAACGGAGUGUUGAACGCCACCAAGGAGGGCAUUCUCGACCUGCUGGCGUCCAAGAGCUGGGCCAUCAACCUCGCCACAGAGGCUGCCCGCACGGUCCUGUCAGUCGACCAGAUUAUCGUGGCGAGACAGGCUGGAGGGCCGAAGCCUCCUGGUCCCAACCCUGUAAGUUGA